AUGCCGGCCACCGUUGGAGGCCGGGACGCUCGCCUGCUGGCCGAUACCGGCGCUGCGGCCACUUUCGUGUCACGGGCUUUUGUUGACAGGCACGGACUGGUCGAGGAGCCGCUCGGCAAGCCGACGAGCGUCGAGGACGUGCACGGGAACAAGUCGUUGGUCACCACUAUGACGACCCAAACCCUGCGCAUUGGCGAUGCGAGGCUUGGCAGCCUCCCGCUCCUGGUGGCCGAUAUCGCUGGUUUCGAUGUCGUCCUCGGGUUCCCUAUGCUCCAGUCGCUCAGCCCACGUGUCGACUGGAGACAGGGCACUUUGGAAUUCACCAAGGGCCUCUCCCGCGGAGAGCGGAGAUGCGCCAAGCACAACGGGCGAGAACGGGCCACGCCGAGGAAGAGAGGUCGGCGUAGCCACUCACGCGCGGAGAGGAGUCUUGACGGGCUUUCAAGUCUCUCCGCAGCAGAGGAGAGGAGUGAAGGUGCCAGGACACCCCUCUCCGCGCCGCCGAUUCGACCGGUACCCCACCGGCACGAGUUCGUCAGCGCUGAACAGCUGGUGCAGGCCGCCAGCCAAGACGGGCCGAUUGGCAUGAUGUGGCUCGACGUUGACUGGCCCACGUUGCGGGCCUGUGGCUUUGUUGAGACCGGCGACGGCUCAGAGGAGGAGCCGGAGCCACCCGACAUCGCUGGCAUUCCAGCGGAGUACCGCAACUUUGCCAACGUCUUCAGCGAGAAGGAGGCAGACCGCCUGCCACCUCACGGCGAGCGCAAUCUCAAGAUGGAGCUAGAGGAGGGUGCCAAGCCGCCUCAAGGGCCCCUGUACCCUAAGGGCCCUCGAGAGCUGCAGGAGCUACGGCGCUACCUCGACGAGAUGCUUGGCAAGGGCUUCAUCCGCCCGUCGCGCAGCCCAGCGCGAUCGCCCGUCCUCUACGUGCCCAAGAAGGACGGCAGCCUCCGCCUCUGCGUCGACUACCGCGGUCUCAACAAGAUCACGGUCAAGAACCGCACGCCGCUGCCCCUCAUCGACGAGAUGCUUGGCCUGCUUUGCCGCGCAAUGGUCUACACCAAGCUGGACCUGCGCGCGGCGUACAACCUGAUCCGCAUCGCUGCCGGUGAUGAAUGGAAGACGGCGUUUGGCACUGACUUUGGCCUAUUCGAGUAUCUGGUGAUGCCUUUUGGCCUUGCCAAUGCACCAGGGCAUUUCCAGACAGUGGUCAACACCAUCUUCAGGGACAUCCUGGGGGUGUACGUCGUCAUCUACCUCGAUGACUUCUUCAUCUUCAGCGCUAACCCGGCUGACCACACCAAGCACGUCCGCGAGGUGCUGCGGCGUCUUCGAGAGCAUCGCCUGUUCUGCAAGCUCUCCAAGUGCCAGUUCAACACCACCGAGGCGGAUUUCCUUGGCUACAUCGUCACGCCAACGGGCCUCUCCAUGGAAGCGGAGAAGAUCAAGGCCAUCGCGGAGUGGCCAGAGCCCCGGUCCAUCCACGACAUCCAGGUCUUCCUAGGCUUUGCGAACUACUACCGCCGCUUCAUCUGGCACUACUCUCGCAUCACCCGACCGCUCACAGAUCUGGUCAAGCCGGUGCAGCGUUUCCGCAAGUUCGAGCUGCCGGAGGCGGCCAAGACGGCGUUUGCCAACCUCAAGAAGGUGUUUUCCUCGGCGCCCAUCCUCUGGCAUUUCGACUACGACUUGCCGACGAGGGUGGAGACCGAUGCCAGCGACAACGCCAUCGCUGGGAUCCUGAAGCAGGAGCACGACGGCCUCUGGCACCCCGUUGCCUUCUACUCCAGGAAGAUGACAAGCGCCGAGGCCAACUACAAGAUCCACGACAAGGAGCUCCUCGCGGUCGUCGCCUCGCUCUGCCACUGGUACCAGUUCCUAGCCGGACUGCCCAGCCGCUUCGGCGUGCUCACCAACCACGAUGCGCUCAAGUAUUUCGCCACGCAGCGGUGGAUCUCGCGCCGCCAAGCUCGAUGGGCGCUGCAUCUGGCCAACUUUGACUUCGAGAUCGUCUACCGGCCUGGCAAGCUCGGCGGCAAGCCAGACGCCCUGACACGCAGGUUGGAUAUGACUCCUAAGGAGGGGGACGAUGCCGACGCCAACUACAGGACGGUCCUGAGCCCCUCGCUCUUUGUGGGAGCCGUUAGUACAAGACGCGCCAAGGCGCGCGCCAGCCUCGACGAUGUCCUUCAACUGGCAAGCCGUUCCACGCUCGUUGACCUGUGCAAGGCCUACCAGCCGCUGGACCCGUGGCUCAAGACGCAACUAGCCUCGGUCAAGCGCAGGGAAGGCCUAGCCCAGAAGGCAGAUGGCCUCUGCCCGCCAGCCCGGGCCACGACCCCCGGUCCACCACAGGCCUAA